AUGGGCAGUGGUGAAUACUCCCCAUUAUUUGAGACAAGAAGGGGAAGAGGGAGGCUCAUCUAUAGGACCUUUGCAAUCUCAUUAUUUGUGAGUAUAUGUUUCAUCUGGGUUUACAGGUUGAGCCACAUAACAAGAAAUGGUGAAGAUGGAAAAUGGGCAUGUCUUGGUUUGCUUGGUGCAGAGCUAUGGUUUGGCUUUUAUUGGGUACUCACUCAAGCACUUCGAUGGAACCUUGUCUUCAGGCAACCCUUCAAGAAUAGACUCUCUCAAAGAUAUGAGAAUAGGUUGCCAAGAGUGGACAUCUUUGUGUGCACAGCAGACCCAGAGAUUGAGCCACCCAUGAUGGUGAUUAAUACAGUGCUAUCAGUUAUGGCUUAUGACUAUCCACCUGAGAAGACAAGUGUGUAUCUCUCGGAUGAUGCUGCCUCAGAAAUCACGUUCUAUGCUAUGCUAGAGGCUUUUACCUUUGCAAAGCAUUGGGUUCCAUUCUGCAAGAGGUUCAAUGUGGAACCCAGGUCCCCUGCUGCAUAUUUUAAUAGUGACCCUAAUCAAACCAAAGAAUUGAAAGCUAUCAAGAAAUUAUACAACGAAAUGGAAAGACGAAUUGAAGAUGCAACCAAAUUGGGUGGUGUACCCAAAGAAGCACGUUUAAAGCAUAAAGGAUUUUCUCAGUGGGAUUCAUAUUCUUCUCGACGUGACCAUGACACAAUUCUUCAAAUACUACUUCAUAAAAAUGAUCCAAAUAACUCAAAAGAUGUAGAUGGGUUCGUUUUGCCAACUCUGGUGUAUUUGGCUCGCGAGAAGAGGCCCCAAUAUCCCCAUAAUUUCAAAGCUGGAGCUAUGAAUUCAUUGUUAAGGGUGUCUUCAAAUAUCAGCAACGGGAAAAUUAUUCUUAAUGUUGACUGUGACAUGUAUUCAAACAAUUCACAAUCCGUGAGGGAUGCUCUCUGUUUUUUCAUGGAUGAAGAGAAAGGCCAUGAAAUUGCUUUUGUUCAGUAUCCACAGCAUUAUGAGAAUGUCACUAAGAAUGAUUUAUAUGGAAGUAUUUUAGUAUCAGUUAGCGAGGUGGAGUUCCAUGGUGCAGACGGUUAUGGUGGCCCUUUGUAUAUAGGAACUGGCUGCUUUCACAAGAGAGACAGUCUCUGUGGGAUGAAGUUCAGUGAUCAAUACAGGAAUGACUGGAAGAUUGAAGAUGACCAAUUCAUAGAAGCAAGUUUUCAGAAACUAGAAGAAAAAUCAAGGGCUCUUGCAAGCUGCACCUAUGAAGAAAACACACUAUGGGGAAAAGAGAUAGGUUUGAAAUAUGGGUGUCCAGUGGAGGAUGUGAUAACUGGAUUGUCUAUACAAUGCCAAGGAUGGAAGUCAGUGUACUGCAACCCACCAAGGAGGGCUUUCUUAGGAGUAGCUCCAACCACUUUGUCUCAAACACUUGUUCAACAUAAGAGAUGGUCUGAAGGAAACUUUCAAAUUUUGUUUUCCAAGUACAGUACUGUGUGGUAUGCUCUUGGAAGGAUCAAUUUUGGACUCCAAAUGGGAUAUUGUACUUAUGGCUUGUGGGCACCUAACUGUUUAGCAACACUAUAUUACUGCAUCAUCCCUUCACUCUAUCUCCUUAAAGGCAUUCCCUUGUUUCCAAAGAUGUCAAGUCCAUGGUUCAUACCUUUUGCAUAUGUAAUACUCGGGGAAACUAGUUAUAGUUUGUUGGAGUUUUUGUUCUCUGGAGGCACAUUUCAAGGUUGGUGGAAUGACUUACGGAUAUGGCUAUACAAGAGAACAAGCUCUUACCUAUUUGCCUAUAUUGACACCAUCUUGAAGCUUUUUGGAUACUCGGAUUCAGCCUUUACAAUCACAGCCAAGGUUACAGAAGAAGAUGCUUCCAAACGCCAUUAUAAAGAAAUUAUGGACUUUGGAACCUCCUCUCCAAUGUUCACUAUACUAGCAACACUUGCAUUGCUCAAUUUGUUUUGUUUUCUUAGUGUGUUGAAGGAUGCAGUGCUAAGGGAAGGUGGUCUUGGAGCUUAUGAGAAAAUGGUGUUACAAGUUCUGUUGUGUGGCUUUCUGGUUCUCAUCAAUUUGCCUCUAUACCAUGGCCUUUUCUUAAGGAAGGACAAUGGCAGAUUGCCUAGAUCUACUGCCAUCAAAUCAACGGCACUGGCUCUAGGUAUGGGACUACCCAAUUUCACCGUUGCAAUGGUAAUCUUAUUAAACCUGAAUGCAGUGCUUGGAAUUAGAUUUGUGAUUGAUAGAGAAGAAUGCUUCUCUCAUAAUGUUCAGUAUGGAGGGGAUAGAGUCCAUGCUUCAUUUGUUGUGAUCCAGGUUGAUUCAGGUUGGCAGCAAUAUACUCAAGAUGGUGUAGAUCUUAUGGUAAAGGGGCCUUCUGGUGAUCGAAUUCAAGAUUUUCGUGACAAGAUAAGUGAAAAAUUUGAAUUUGUGGCUCGAGACAGUGGACCUCACCGUUUCUGCUUCACCAAUAAGUCUCCCUAUCAUGAGACAAUUGAUUUUGAUGUGCAUUCUAACCACUAUUCAUACUUUGAUCAGCAUGCAGAAGAUGAGCAUUUUAAUCCUUUGUUAGAACACGUAAUAAAGUUAGAGGAAGCUCUUUUUAACAUUCAGUAUGAACAGCAUUGGCUUGAGGCUCAGACAGAACGCCAGGCAAUAGUAAAUAAUGCAAUGAGCUCCAGAGCAGUUCACAAGGCCAUUCUUGAAGCAGCAGCACUAGUUGGUGCCAGUUUCCUCCAAGUUUAUCUUCUUCGGCGCCUCUUUGAAAGAAAGCUGGUGAUAUAG